AUGAGAGGAGAUCCAUGUGCUAAGGCACCUCCCCGCAACCCUAGUCAAUGUCGUCCUAUUACAGGACCAACGGGGAAAGUUUUUGUUCCAACCGCAGAGGAAGUAGGAGACUCAACAGAAUCAAAAAAAGAAAUUAUUGGUUUGUUCCCUGAAAUUAAUCCUUUCUCUACUCCUAAACCAGAAAGAUUAUUACAACGAAUUAUCCAAAUUGCUACUAAUGAGGGUGAUAUCGUAUUAGAUUAUUUUGCUGGUUCAGGAACUACCGCGGCAGUGGCUCAAAAAUUAAAGCGAAAGUGA